GCUGCCGCCGCCGCCGGGGCGCCCCGCGCUGCCGCCGCCGCGCUAUAAGUGCGGGCGCGGGGCGCGGCGGCCGCUGAAGAUGCGCUGGCAGCCGGUGCUGCGCGGCGCCCCGCCGCGGCCGCCCUGCGCGGAGGAGGAGGAGGAGAAGGAAGAAGAAGGAGAAGAAGAAGCAGCAGCAGCAGGGGGAGGCGGCGGUGGCGGCGCGGGGCGGCCGCGGCCAUGAGCUGCUCGGACGUGGCCAUGCAGCAGCCCGCCCCGGCGGCGUGCGGGGCGCCCCGCUAUCUGGCCGGCGCUGCGGCCGCGCCCGCGGCGGGAUGCCCGCAGAAGAAGUUAGCUGUGUACAACAAGAUGCAGGAGUCUCUGGAAGUGACCCUUCCCAGCAAGCAAGAGGAGGAUGAGAAAGACCAGCCUGCUGAGAUGGAGUACCUUAACUCUCGCUGCGUCCUUUUCACUUACUUCCAGGGAGACAUUGGUUCGGUAGUGGAUGAACACUUCUCAAGAGCUUUGAGCCAAGCCAGUAGCUUCAAUCCAGAAACUGCCCUUACCAAGAGCAAGGCAGGGCUAAGUCCUCUGUGGAGAGAAAGCUCAACAAUUUCAAGCCAAAGGAGCAGUUUCCCAGCUUCAUUUUGGACCAGCUCUUACCAGCCUCCCCCUCCACCAUGCUUAAGUGGAGUACACCCCGAUUUCCCCGUUACUGCACCAGGCACCUUCCCAACACCAGAUCCCAGCAGCUGGCCAGGACACGGCCUUCAUCAGACUGCCCCACCUCCUCCCCCUGCUGCAUCUGAAUCCUGGCAUUAUCCUUUAGCAUCUCAGGUGAGCCCUUCGUAUGCACACAUGCAUGACGUGUACAUGCAUCGCCAUCACCCUCAUCCACACAUGCACCAUCACCAUCCCAGCUCACACCGUGACCCCCGGUAUGGGUCCCUGCUGAUGCCUUCAGUCCGCGCAGCCAGGAUUCCUGCUCCCCAGUGUGACGUGACAAAGACGGAUCCCGCUGCUGUCACCAGCGCUACCUCAGCAUGGGCUGGAGCCUUUCAUGGAACGGUGGACAUUGUACCAAGUUUUGGGUUUGACACAGGUCUACAGCAUCAGGACAAGAGCAAGGAAACUUCUUGGUUCUGAAGUUCAGAUAAAUUAAGACCAGCUAGAGCUGGAGUCAGAGCAGCUGGGCGGGCGAUAGAACAGUCGUUGACUCCUCCUGCAUGGGGCAAAGGACACACAUGAAGAUGAAGAGCCAACCACUCUGGUUCUGCUAUUGAGCCUUUUGUUUGUAAGGCCGUUUAUAGGUCCCACAGUGUUGGAAAAAAACCAAAAACCUAACUUUUCUUUCUCUCCUCAUCUGAGCCUGCUGCAGCUGGGCAACCUAACUCCUUUCUGCUCCUUUAACAGUGUUUUGUUUUGUUCAGCUUGAUAUUUUUAUGAACAGUCUCAAUUGUCAGGAAAAAGACUCUCCCUUGACUACAGUGCGCCUCCUUUCAGGAAUACAGUAUUUUGUAGCUCUUUGUGCAUCUAUUUUUGUAGAAAUACAGAAAGUUUGGGUAAGGAUUGAUGGGCUAUUUUAGGAUGACAUAUUUUUUUUAAAAAAAUGUAAAAUUGUUAAGUUCUGUUUAAAGAACUUGCUCUCAGAGAAGCACUGGCAAAAAAAAUGUAUAAAAUGCUAUUUUUAGAUGUCUGUGAUGUGUUUUGUGCAUUUUGGGUUUUUUGUUUGUUACCUCAAAUGUCUAUCUUUCCUUUCUUUUUAAAGAGCUAAACCUUCCUUGUUUCCACAUUACUAGAUUUUGAUGUUUUUGUCCUUUUGUUCUAGCUUAAGCAGUAUAAUUCGCACCUAAAGUGUCAGCCAAAUAUUUUUCCUGGUGUUAGAUUGUAGUAAGAGUGUUUUUAUUUUCUUGCUUCUAAAGGUGGCUUCAGGCUAUGCUGCUUGUCAGAAUCUUGCAAACACCUUUAGCAUGGAGCAAAGCUUGGGGUUACAGGAACUGCAUUUCCAACCCAUCCAUCCUUUCAAAAUGGACCAAAUACUCUCAUGGAUUUAAAUAAAACAUGAUUUUGGGCCUCAUCUGGCGUACAUUGAAGCUGUUGAACACAGUUCCCCUAUGGGUUAUCUUUCAGGCCCUCAUAGUGGUCAUAAAUAUCAGUAUAAUCUUAUUUUAACUCACGGGGCAGGAUUUUCACCUAAGCCAUUUCAAGGGUGGUAAAUUAGAACACUGAUAUUCAGGAAAGAAAUGUCAGUUUUAUAAAAAGAUGUGUGACUUGUGGAAACAAAAUGUUUUCAACUGGCCUGAUCUGUCUGCUGAGCAUCUCAUGGAAAGCGCUGAAAUUUUCAACUCCUCUUGACUUCAAACUCUGUUUAUCUGACCUAAGAUUUGCUAUGGGCCUUACGAGACCGCAGCUGCAGCUUUUGAGUUUUGUAAGAAGUUGCACGUGCUCUGCGUGCACAGAUUCAGGCUUGGCUGCCGUCUGGGUAAGCAUCUGAACUUGGAAACGACGUGGCCACAUCUAGCCACAGCGCUCUGCAAGGUGCUUGGGGAACCCCAUUUCUGGCCUGGCCCUUGGAUCUGAUUUGCAUGAUAAGGACGUUAGCUGAAGCCAAGGUGAGCCCGGUCCUGUGCUGAUAAAAGGGCUGCAAGGUUGCCCUUGACAGCCCCAGCCCUGCGACGGGCUGGAGCUGGGUCAGCCUCUGUGUCCAGCCCUUAGCGAUGCCAGCCGGUGUCACCAUGUGUCUGCUCAGGUGGGACUGAGCGCAGGAUCAGGGCCGGGGGUGCCAGAUCCUUGCUAUUGCUUAGAAAUGUUGCCUUUCUGCUCCGUGCACCCAGGGUCCCUCUGUAGUAUUUCCUAAGGCCCUUAUAACCUGUUAUAUUUCAGUCACCGCUGUUUUCAGACACCCCCGUCUGAAAGACGAACCAGGUAAAUGCAAACCAAGACAUAAACACAUGGCUGAGAUAAGAAACAGUUUAAUUUUCAGGCAACGAGCGUUGUAAAUGUAGGUUUGUCAGGUGGAGACCACAUGGGUCCGCGUGUGAAAGGGGAGGAGGAGUGCUGGGAUGUGCAUGCUGCUCCGAGAUCCAGGCCUCCCUCCCUGCGCUGCUGCUUCUUUCCAGGCUUUUUGAACUUGAUCCUAUGAGGUGUUGAGCGUUCUCCCUUGACACGUGAGAAGGCUUGACACGCUGGCACUGGAGGCAUUAGGAUUAUGUCACCAUUUGGCAAGACCCUUGAGUGUGUACCUUGCUGAUCUGAAGUUUGAGACAGCGUGUAAGUGCCGAGUGGACUAUGCUUAAAUAUUACUUUGAAAUAGUAGGGUUGUAGUUUCUGUGUUGGGAUGCUGAAUUAAAUGUAGGGGGUUUUUUUCCCCUCAUCUUUAUAGUCCAUCGGCAUUUCUUUCUCUCAAUAAAUUUUACUCUCAUGACAGUUCUACAUGUUAUUGCCGCUUUGGUGGAGCGAGCUCCUCAAUUUGUCAACGAAUUCGUAAUGCAGUGGGAAAAGUGUACGGGAGGGAAUGUAGUAACAGCUACCAUGGUUCGCUUUCUUAUCAGGACAGUAUAGCUCAGGAGAUAUCUCAAAAGAAAGAGGUCUGACUUGGACAUUCUGACAGCGUUAGAAAUACUGGGAGGAAAAAAAAUACAAGGUUAUUUUAUAUAUAUAUAUAUAUAUAUUUUAACUUUUUUCUGGCCUUGGCAAAGCUGGAAGGCUAAGCGGCAGUGUAUUCUCUUUGAACUUCAGAGCUGGGGAGUUUGGGGGUGGGGUGGGGGGGCAAAAGAAAAUGCAGCAUUUAUUUUUGGGGUGUAGUGUGUUUGAUGCCCUGAAAUAGUAUAAAGUCUAGCAAAAACAGUCAGCUCAUUGCCUUCCUCUUUGCAAGUUCAGAUGAUGAGAGACCUCCUGCCGUUCCCUAUAGAUGUCAAAGCAGAAUGGGACAGGGAAAAACAGGCCCACAGUUUGCACUGGAAUCCCUUUCUGGAUUGUUUUAUGGAGUUGAUGGGUGGUGGGGAGGAUUAUGUGGUGAAACUAGUGCCUCUUCCACCUCUAGGACUACUAUCACGUGCCCAUUUUCUUUCCACUGCUGAAGCUGUGAGUGUGCCGAAGGAACUUCUGUCGCUCUGCAGGCUCUGGGAGACAAGUGGCAAUAAAAACCUGCUAUCAUCUGUAUCUGUAUCCAUCCACGCACUGGUCAAUUGACUUUGGAAGUCAAAUAAAUUCAUUUUUUUUCCUCAGGCACUAACCGUCCCUCGCACUAACAAUUAAAUUGAAAGUAAAAGUGCCAGUGCAUAGCGUUACCCCUACUUCUGUGUUCUGCAAUUUCAAGGAUGGGAAAGACAAAUUCCUUCCUUGUGGCAAACUUUAAAGUUAAAUUCAGCAGAUUUACUUCUCUCUCUCUCUCUCUUUCUCUCAUACACGCACACUUACACACGCACAAACGUGCUUAUGAGAAGCAGAUGCUGUGAUGGUUUUAUUCUUGAAAGAGGAGGGGAGCGCUUGCUCGCAGCGUUGCAGUUACGGAGAAUGGAUGGCAGUGAGAAAGAAACGGAGAUGUUAAGACUGCUCAUGUUUCUGCAAAUAGGAAAAAAAAAGGCCAUUAAAAUCAGGUCGCAGACAAGUUAUGCAUCUUAACACAUUACUAAAGGAGUUGUUUCAUUCUUUUUAUGUGUGAUGAGGUCUGAUGCUGUCCCAAGAACGUGGAUGAUUCAUCUUGCGAGGACUUAUGAAACAUGAUGUACUCUGUCACUGUUUCUGGGAGAACAUAGGGGAAAUCAUUGUUUUAUUUCAAGAAAAUCUACAUACUAAACUCCUUAAAGUUGUCCAGGCUUUUAUUUUAUUCCUAUUAACGUUGAGAAAUCUGCUGUUAUUUUUUGUUUGUUCCUUUUAAGACUGGGAAGGUUCAAGCUGCUCACCAGUUUUUGAAAAGCAUAUACCAGUUUGUUUCAACUGGACGUUUCCAUCCCCAAAAGAUGAUGGAACAGUGCAGCUACUGACCGCCCAGCAGGUUUGAGUUCUGGAGAGCUGAAGGAGCUAUACUUGGCUGCAGUAAAAUUGCACUUUGUUCCGAUUCCUCCCCUCAGCAGACACACAAAAUCAGUUAUCAGUUUAUCUGAUACCUUUUUCCUAGUGUGAAGAUAUUCAGUGAGUGGCAGUUUUCUCUCUGUUGUCUACUUCUGCCUCAGGACUCGCUUUCGAGAAUGAAUCUCUGGUCACAGCUUUCAGAGAAAGCAGAGGUUGCGGGGGGAGGCGGGGGGGGGGGGGGGAAAUGUGUCACGUUUCCCUCCCCCUGCACUAGGAUUGCCUUGCCUGUACCCAGUCUUUCUACUUCCAGGCAGUCUUUCUCCUCCCAGAAUUCCUUAUGUGUGCGUAUAUAUCUAUAUACAUAUACAUAUAUAUACACACACUCACGUGUAGCUAUACCUGUUUCCCUCCAUGCCACCCUCAAGCUUCAAAUGCACAUCUUUUGGAAAUGAAAGACAUCACUAAAUCUCAUCUGAGACUGAGAAAAUGUAGGCAUUUUAUUGUGUUCUCUGUUAACUCAGGAGUGAAUGGAAUUUUCCUAUACUUGUAAAAAACCAAACCCAAAUAACAGUAACAAAAACUCAGAAAAAAACAACCCUUUUCUGACAUGCCUGAUUUGUUGUAUCUGUAAAGGUGACCGUGGAGUCAGCAGAAUUAUAUAGAGGUGCAAUAUAUUGCCUUUUAGCAGACAAGCAUAUCUUUUUGAAUAUGGUUCUUUUAAAUAACUUCAGGUACAAGCUUUUUCUCUGUAUCAAUGGACCAGCAACAUAUAUUUCUUAUAAACAAUUUAGAAAUAUAUAUAUUUUUAAAAUCGACUUCUUGGCUUUAGCAUAUCAACCUUUGAGCUUUUAAAGGGUAUUUGGAUGAUAAAUAUUGAUUGUGUGCGGAUCUUUUAAAAAAAAAAAAAGUUGAUGCAUGUUGUUUGGAACUGAAAUCUCACGUAAAGCAGGAAUGUAUGCAGAACCAAAUACUUCUUUUACGUAUUAGCCCUAUGGGCAGGAUCUGAUAGCUGUGAUGCAGGAAGAUGUCCCUUUAAAGACUAAUGGACUCUUGGCUGAGCAAGGUCAAAAUGCAGUCCUUGUGACAGGAGAGCAGGAGCAGGUGUCUUGCAGGGGUUGAGGGGUUGAGCUGGUAGAGCUGUGAUCCUCUCCAGCGUUGUAUGUAGGCGUUUGGGCAGCCACUGCUCAACAUACUAAAAUCAGACUGUAUUGGCAGGUUUCUACACUUGUGGGGUGAACCGUUUGCUAAGGGGAAUUAGAAUGUCCUUGGAAACCUGUGUUUUAGCUGCCCUUGGUCUGCACAGUGCCCAGUAACUCUUUCCCUGUUCUUGCUCGGCAGUCUCCAUGACACCAUGGUGGCACCUAUGAAAGCGGAGCUGGGGAUCCAUGUGAAGUGCAGAAUGUUCUUAGCUCCCAAUAAAGAUACUUGAGGAAUGGGGGUGAUUAAAACAUCACAGUUAACUCAUGCAUCUGCUCAAAGGCUCAAGCCUUCAAGAUGGAUCAGCUGUGCAUCAUUGACGGUGGCCAUUUGCAUACAGGAGCCCAAAUACUGCUUCCUCCCCGGACCCCCCCCGGUGUCUUUGGAAAUCUUUGAUGGCAUUGAGAUUGUUGGGACCAGCCUCAAAUGCCUGAGUUGCAGUCCGGUGUUGGCUGGCACAGCAUGGGGGCCUGGGAUCUGGUCCCACAUUGGUGGACAUCAGCUGGAAUCGGCAUUGAUUCCAGUGAGCUUGGGCUCAGGUAGCUAGUACCUAUAGGCAACCAAUAUUUAUAGCAGUUGAGGUUUACAGUAAUUAGUAAAAUAUCUGCAGAACUACGCUGCACUUUCCCUGCUAGCUGUUUGUAGCUGUUGUUUAAAACCAUCAGUCAAAUCAGGGUCCCUCUCCUCUUCCCACCUGUUUUCCAACCCCGCUUCCCUCAAAACUCCAUUGAACUUUUUUUGCCCCUCUCAUCAAAACUGGUGGUGGGGCUGUGUAUAAAGAAAAAUGUCACUGUUUUAAUUACUGAAUAAAUAAUUUAAUGUGAAUUUUAUUGUUAUAUUUUUUAUGUAGCAUUUUCGGUUUGGUCUGUAUUUCUCAACAAUUACCUAAUGCUUUCUUUU